AUGGAUCAAGAAUUUAAUAUCACUGAAACAUACCUCAAGUUCUUGGAGGAAGAUGCGGAGAUGACUAUGCCAAUAGCUGCCAUUGAGUCCUUGGUCACUAUGCUUCGGGUGAAGAAUCCAAAGACAUCAGCAGAAAUGAUCAAUACUAUUAAGUCAGCAACAGAAGAGCUUACAAACUCUGUCUCCAACUCUAUGUCUUUGCGUGCAGGUUGUGAUAUUUUCAUGCGCUUCGUUUUGAGAAAUACUCACUUAUAUGGUGAUUGGGAAAGUUGUAAACAACAUUUGAUUGAAAAUGGACAAUUAUUCGUAUCGAGGGCAAAGAAAUCAAGAGACAAGAUUGCAAAAAUUGGUAUAGAUUUUAUCACUGAUGAUGAUAUCAUUUUGGUACAUGGUUACUCAAGAGCUGUAUUUACAUUAUUAAGCUAUGCGGCCAAUAAGUUUAUCAGAUUUAGAUGUAUUGUGACAGAAUCGAGGCCAACUAAGCAGGGUGAACAAUUAUUUGAAAUGUUACAAGAUAGGGGCAUCCCUGUGAAAAUGAUUGUGGAUAGUGCUGUUGGAAGUAUCAUCCAUAGAGUUGACAAGGUAAUUGUUGGUGCGGAAGGUGUUGCAGAAUCUGGCGGCAUUAUCAAUCUCGUGGGAACAUACUCGAUAGGCGUCCUUGCGAAAAAGUCCAACAAGCCAUUCUAUGUGGUAAGUGAAUCUCACAAGUUUGUCCGUAUGUUUCCACUCUCACCUGACGAUCUACCUAUGCAGUCUCAUCUGUUAGACUUUUCUCGUCGUGAUGAUGGGCUCGAAGCACUUUCAUCGACUCCAAUCAUCGACUACACUUCACACGAAUACAUCACUGCAUUGAUCACAGAUUUGGGUGUGCUGACACCUAGUGCUGUUUCUGAAGAGCUAAUUAAGAUGUGGUAUGAUUGA